GACAUCCAGAUGCGCCAGUAGCGGUAUCUAACCUGGCCUGACCUCCCCCACAGCACCACCAUUUCACGGAGGACAUUCAGACGCGCCAGUACCGGUGUCUGGAGGUACUGCUCGGCGCCGGGUACGGUCCGCCGGCCGACAUCUGGUCCACGGCGUGUAUGGCGUUCGAGCUGGCCACGGGCGACUACCUGUUUGAGCCUCACACGGGCCAGGACUACAGUCGCGACGAGGACCACAUCGCGCACAUCAUCGAGCUCGCCGGAGACAUCCCCAAACACAUCAUGUUCAGCGGCAAAUACUCGCGGGACUUCUUCACCAAAAAAGGCGAGCUACGUCACAUCACCAAGCUGAAGCCGUGGGCGCUGCACGAGGUGCUCAUGGACAAGUACGAGUGGCCCGAGCAGAAGGCCGCGCGUUCGCCGAUUCCUGCUGCCGAUGCUGGCGUUCGACCCGGCGCAGCGCGCCACGGCCGCCGACUGUCUGCGCCACCGUGGCUGACGGGCGGCAGUGACGGCGGGGACGCCAGUGACGCCGCGGGAGCCGAGGACACCGGCGGCGGCGGCGGCGGCGGGUCGUGACCAGUGACAUUCCGCCGCCCUGCCCGGACACACGAACCCUUGUGAUAGGCCGGCGCCCGCCGCCCGCCCGCCCAGGCGCCGCCACCUAGUU